GAGGUCUGCAGUCAAUCAGAGACAAACGCCUCUUUAAAGCUCUCUCUGCUUUUGCAAUUGGACUUACUUUCACAUUACUCACACUGAGUACUUUACAUGUGCGCUAUUUUUCUGCUGCCAUUGACAGACUGUAUUAAUAGUCUUGGAUCUUCGGAAAAACAGAAGAAUGAAGAGUUGGAAAUGGGCUUUGUUUAACUCCUCAGUGGUUUUGCAGCUUUAUUUAACAUGUGUGAGAGCCCAGGGUACCGUGUAUGAUCUCAUGGGAUCACCAGACUGUUUAGCAGACCUGUUACAAGGUGGACUCCGAAACAGAGGGCUGAAUGAAGCCUUCGUUCUAGCCACCUUCCAGAUGAAGACCAAAGCACCGACACACGUGUUUAAGAUUUACAACCCCCAGGACAACAGUGAACACUUGGAUUUUGUGGUGCAGGGGAAGCUCAAUAAAGCUACACUUCGAUACCAGAAGAGCAACGGUAAGUUAGGCCAGGUAGUCCUCAGUGACAUGCCACUGGCAGAUGGGCGCACACACAGCCUUAUGGUCCAGAUGACAGGAUUGCAGUCAGGCUCCCCCAGGACGGCUGUCUAUGUGGACUGCAAUUUGGUGCAGACAGUUGAUGACCUGCCUGCAGCCUUCAAGCCUGGGGUGCCUCUUGGGCAUAACAAGGUGGCAAUAAAGAAAAUGCCAUCUGCUUCACAGGAUCAACUAAGGGAGCUUCAGCUGGUGAUUGAGGACACUGUUGAGAAUGUGGCCACUCUGCACGACUGCCACUUUCCGCAAAGUGAAUCUCUGCAGCUCUUGGGACUCACCACAACAAAGAUGGAGUCUCCUGAAAUGUUAGUUCUUACUAAGAUGAUCUCAGAACUCAAAGACAUGCUCCUACUUCAGAUGAAGGAGACUGAGUAUCUGAAAGACAGGAUCACUCAGUGCUUGCCAUGUGACGGGACUGGCUCGACACCAACUGGCUUCCAGCAGCCAGACGACACAUGUGGUUCGCUGAGGUGCUUCGGAGGGGCGCGCUGUGUCCAGGGCGCGCAAGGGGUCGAGUGUCCACCCUGUCCUGAAGGAUACACUGGGGAUGGAGUCAACUGUGAUGAUGUGGAUGAGUGCCAGUUCAACCCCUGCUUCCCUGGGGUGCGCUGCAUCAACACAGCGCCAGGUUUCCGCUGUGAGAGCUGCCCGCGGGGCUACACUGGCCCAGAGAUCCGUGGCGUGGGCAUCGCUUAUGCGCAGGCAAACAGGCAGGUGUGCAACGACAUAGAUGAAUGCCAGACUUCCAACAAUGGAGGCUGCACGCCAAACUCUCACUGUCACAACACUAUGGGCGCAUUCCACUGUGGGAACUGUAAGACUGGCUACAGGGGGGACCAGGUGAGGGGUUGCUCACCUGGCACAGUGCCUGGGGGCACCGAGGAGCGGCUGUGUGGUAACGGCCAGCCCAACCCCUGCAACGAAAACGCAGAGUGUGUGGUGGAGCUGGAUGGAACCAUCAGCUGCCAGUGCAAAAUUGGAUGGGCAGGCAAUGGCUACUCUUGUGGGAAGGACACAGACAUUGAUGCCAUCCCUGAUACAGUGCUAGAGUGUAAAGGUCCUAACUGCAAGCAGGAUAACUGUGUAUUUGUCCCCAAUUCUGGACAAGAAGAUGCAGACAGAGACGGGUAUGGGGAUGCAUGUGACAGUGACGCCGACAAUGAUGGAAUUGUAAACGUGGACGAUAACUGCUGGUUGACACCAAACAAAGACCAGAAAAACAGUGACAAGGACCUUCACGGAGAUGCAUGUGACAACUGCCGUCUCAUUGAAAAUCCCGACCAGCGUGACACAGACCGGGACGGGCUUGGGGACGCAUGUGACGAUGAUAUGGACGAAGAUGGUCUGAAAAACAUUCUAGAUAACUGCCCAAGGGUGCCUAACCGUGAUCAGUUGGACAAAGACAGUGACGGUGUCGGUGACGCUUGUGACAGCUGUCCUGAGGUGCCAAACCCCAACCAGUCAGACGUUGAUGAUGAUCUUGUCGGAGACUCAUGUGAUACAAAUAUAGACAGCGAUGGAGAUGGCCACCAGAACACCAAAGACAACUGCCCCGAUGUCAUAAACAGCUCUCAGCUAGACACGGACAAGGACGGCCUCGGGGAUGAGUGCGAUGAUGAUGACGACAACGAUGGCGUUCUUGAUGACGCAGACAACUGCAGACUCGUGCCAAACCCAGACCAGAAAAACACAAACGGCGGCAAGUUUGGCGAUGCCUGUGAUGGUGACUUUGACCGUGACAAGGUGAUCGACCGCAUUGACAGCUGCCCUGAGAACGCUGAGGUCACCAUGACAGACUUCCGGGCCUACCAGACAGUGGUGCUGGAUCCGGAGGGAGACGCUCAGAUCGACCCCAACUGGGUCGUCCUCAACCAGGGUAUGGAGAUUGUGCAGACCAUGAACAGCGAUCCUGGGCUUGCUGUGGGAUACACCGCCUUCAAUGGUGUGGACUUUGAGGGGACUUUCCACGUGAACACGGUGACCGACGAUGACUACGCUGGCUUCAUCUUUGGCUAUCAGGACUCGUCCAGCUUCUACGUGGUGAUGUGGAAGCAGACGGAGCAGACCUACUGGCAGGCUGUUCCCUUCAGAGCCGUGGCGGAGCCUGGCAUCCAGCUAAAGGCGGUGAAAUCAAAGACAGGCCCUGGUGAGUACCUGAGGAACUCCCUGUGGCACACUGGCGACACCACUGACCAGGUGCGUCUGCUGUGGAAGGACCCGCGUAACGUGGGCUGGAAGGACAAGGUCUCCUACCGCUGGGCCCUCCAGCACCGCCCUCAGGUCGGCUACAUCAGGGUGCGUUUCUAUGAGGGCCCGGCCCUGGUGGCAGAUUCUGGAGUGAUCAUGGACACCAGCAUGAGAGGUGGCCGGCUUGGCGUCUUUUGCUUCUCUCAAGAAAACAUCAUCUGGUCCAAUCUGAUGUAUCGUUGCAAUGACACCAUUCCAGAAGACUUCCAGGAAUACAACUCACAGCUCUCGGGCAACACAAGCCAGUAAUCGCAGAGGAGACUGGAAUGACAGAAUAACAAGAUGGAAAGAAACUCAAGAGGUCAUUACUGGGGAAUGGUUCAAACCCAGCAUGAAGGCUCUUUUCUGUUCAUUAGAGGUAGACCAGAAUGUCUUACACAGAGGGAGAGAGAGAAUUACAUUACAUUAUUACUAAGCUUUGAAUAUUACUUGGACAAUACUAAGUUGGCACAUAUACUUGUAUAGUUACAUUAUUCUCCACGUGUUUACGAUAAACCUGUGAUCAGCUUUAUUUUGUUAGCAGUUUACCAGCAGUUGAACAGUUUUUUGCCUGAAGCCAGCACAUGAGUCUUUAAGAUGUUGACUGAAAUUAACCUUCAAUCUUAAAGAAUCCUUUAAAAAUAAAUAUAUAAUUAAAUUA